AUGGAAAGAUUACAAAGACUUCUUGGGUCUGGUGCCGGCCUUGGAGGCUCUGCUGCCUCCCCUGCGGACGGACCAGCCAUAGAUAAUGCAGAAACUGUUCAUAUCUCCUCGUUAGCUUUGCUAAAAAUGUUGAAGCAUGGACGUGCUGGUGUGCCAAUGGAAGUUAUGGGAUUAAUGUUGGGAGAAUUUGUAGACGAGUUCACUAUACAUGUUAUAGAUGUGUUUGCCAUGCCUCAAUCUGGUACGGGAGUGAGUGUGGAGGCGGUGGAUGACGUAUUUCAGACAAAAAUGAUGGACAUGUUGAGGCAAACUGGGCGCGACGAAAUGGUCGUUGGAUGGUACCAUUCACAUCCUGGAUUUGGAUGUUGGCUUUCGUCAGUGGAUGUCAAUACACAGCAAUCGUUUGAGCAAUUGAACAAGCGGGCGGUGGCUGUGGUGGUGGAUCCUAUUCAGUCGGUCAAGGGUAAGGUUGUCAUUGAUGCUUUCAGAACUAUCGAUACCACCACGUUGAUGAUGGGACAAGAGCCUCGUCAAACCACAUCGAAUGUGGGGCAUCUUAACAAACCGCUGAUCCAGGCAUUGAUCCAUGGUUUGAACCGUCAUUAUUACUCGCUCAACAUCGAUUACCACAAAACCUCAUACGAAACCAAUAUGCUUCUCAACCUCCACAAAAAGUCGUGGCAAUCUGGGUUAAAGAUGGUGGACUACAAUCACAAAGAGCACGAAAACUUGGAGAACAUUGACCAGAUGGUGAAAAUUGCCAAGUUGUACAAUCAACGGGUACAGGAAGAGAAAGAGUUGCUGGAGGACCAGUUGAAGACCCGAUAUGUGGGGAAGCAAGACCCCAAAAAACAUUUGGGGGAUACCGCUGAUCUUGCCAUAGAGGAAAACGUCACAUCUUUGUUAACGGGCAACUUGAAUGCAUUAGCUAUCCAGUAA